CCUUCGAAGUCUCAAAAACAGAACCAAAAAACCAUGUCCGGCACCAAAACACUAAAACUAUACUGUCCAUCCUUAUCAAAGGCAGUUCAGCUGGUGGCGCGUGAUGAUCAGAAACUUGACCUGGGGGCCAUAGCAAGAACUUUCGGGCUGGACCCAAAUACAUUGAAGCUAAACGGUCACUUUAUAAGUAGAGGUGUUGAUCUUAUUGCGAAUUCAGUAACAUGGAAAUCUUUGAUCUCUUUCUUUUCAUCACGUGGUCUUUCUACUGGAACUAGUGGCUCUGGUGCUCUUGUUGUUGAUGGAAAGUUAUCGAAACCCGGUUCGAAAAGAGCACACAAUUCAGUAAAUAGGAUUCCAGAAGACAGACCUCAGCUUGAGGAGUCAAAUUUGAGCAAGAAAACGAAAUUUAAAGAUUGUGAUGCUGAUAGGGGAAGUGGUGUGCGCUUCAAAAGUAUUCCCUUUAGAUUGAAGAGAAAGCAGGAAGAUGAGAUCUCUUCUAUGAAAAGGUUGAAACUUGACGAACCAGAUAUACAAGUAAGAGAACAUGCCGGUUCUGAAACCCUCUCCAAAAUACGAUUCAGAUGCAAUUUUCUCGGUGUAAAUAUGAAGCGAAUGAGAGAGGACGAGAUUGAUCUACCUGCUUCUUGCAAGAAAUGCAGAUAGCAUCAUGACAUAAACUGUAAGUAGAUGACAUUGAAACUAGGGAACCUGCUAUUUUCUGCCCACGUUGGCAAUUUUUAGAACUUGUGCUAUGUGUUGUUGUAGUUGUACCAUAUAUACUGAAUACUUGCACUCUGUUCUGAUAUAUCCAUUUCUCCUUGGGCAAGCCACUUUU